AAAUUCGCAUGGACGCGCCACAAGAUGACAGCGGGCUCAACGGCAUGGAUGCGGAGGCAUUGGCCCGUGAGGCCAAGAAGCGCGAGAAUGAUCCCAACACGUACAAGCGAAGUGGGGGGCGAAACGAACCUGUGAACAACUUGGAAGACAUCUAUCGGCAAUGGGACGAGCUUAUUCCGGCUGAAGAAUGGGAUCGGUACGAAGAAAUGACCAAGUUUGUCGUGGAAUGGAACCCGCAGACGCCGCGUGCUCUCGAGAAAUGUUUGAUUGCACUCCGCCGUCAAUACAAGAUCUUGCCCAAAAAGUCGCAGAUUAAAUUUGUGUACAACGUAUUGGUGAAGCGUGGAGUGGCGCCGCCUCAAUUGGCGAUUGACUCGCUGCUGGUGAAGAAGGCCGGCAAGAGCCAAAGCGGGGUGCUGGUCGUGACGGUGCUCACGAGCCCAUAUCCCCACGGUCAAAAGUUCAGCUGUCAGUGGAACUGCUACUACUGCCCGAACGAACCCGACCAACCGCGGUCAUACCUUCACGACGAACCAAGUGUACUUCGCGCGAACCGCAACCAUUUCGAUCCUGUGCUUCAAUUUUGCGACCGCUGUGUGACUCUUGCAUUGAAUGGACACCCUGUGGACAAGAUAGAGUUGCUAGUAUUGGGCGGGACAUGGGCAUCGUACCCGGUGUCGUAUCAAGAAGAAUUCAUCCGCGACUUGUUUUACGCUGCCAACACGUUCCACGACCGCGAGAAGCGCGAACGGCGGUCCCUCGACGAAGAAAAGCUCGAGAACGAGACGACGCUGGUCAAAAUUAUUGGUAUCACGCUGGAAACCCGUCCGGACUGCAUCACGCCCGAGGAACUGCGCCGGUUCCGUCGGUAUGGGUGCACACGUGUUCAACUUGGGAUUCAACAUACGGACGACGGGAUUUUGAAGAAGAUCAACCGCGGGUGCACCACCCAAGACGCGAAGCGCGCGAUGAAGCUUCUACGUGACUGCGGCUACAAAACAGACAUUCACUUGAUGCCCAACUUGCCAGGGAGCUCGGUGGAGCUCGACCGCGCCAUGUUUGACUACGUUCUCCACUCGCCUGACUUGCAAGCGGACCAGUGGAAGAUUUAUCCGUGCGAAGUCACACCGUGGACGGUAAUCAAGCGAUGGUACGACUCUGGCGAGUACCUGCCGUACGGCGACAACGAGUUGAUGGCGUUGCUCAUGGACGUUAAGGUGCACGUGCAUCCGUGGAUUCGACUUAACCGUGUCAUUCGCGACAUUCCGUCGCAGUACAUUUUGGGUGGGACGGACGAGCCCAACUUGCGUCAAGUGAUUUUGAAGCGAAUGGAACAAGCGGGGCUCCAUUGCCGUUGCAUUCGAUGCCGCGAAAUCAAGGCCGACGCGCCCGCCGCGACCAAGGCCGAGCUCAUUGUGCGCAUGUACGAGGCGAACGAAGGUACCGAGUACUUUUUGAGUUUUGAAACCCCCGACGAGAAAACGAUAUGUGGGUUUUGCCGCCUGCGACUGUCGUCGACAGCGGGUGGUGGCGUCUUCCCCGAGUUGGAAGGCGCUGCCCUCGUGCGUGAACUGCACGUGUAUGGCCAAUUGGUUGUCGUAAACAGUGCGGACAAAACCAAGGCCCAACAUGGUGGAUUUGGCACGCAGUUGAUGCUCAAGGCCGAAGAAAUCGCCCAAGCCAACGGGUUCACCAAAAUGGCCGUGAUUGCAGGGGUUGGCGUACGCAAUUUUUAUCGCAAACUCGGGUUUGAAGUCGAAGGCGACGGUGAAUUGAUGAUCAAACACUUUCCACCGAAAAAGUCAAUCUGGUCCAAGCCCGAGUGGCGUUGGUUUGCGGCAGCAGCUGUCGCGACCGUCGCAAUUGGAGUCGCAGCGCUCAAGAAACGCUAACACUUGAAUGACUACUUCACUUCGUCGAUCCUUGGCAAUUGACAUCGUUUACCCGCAGCAGUUGUCGAAACAACAUUUGAUACCUGUGCCGACAC